AUGAGCCUCCAUUUAUUGUACUACUGCUGUGAACCAACCUUGGAUGUGAAAAUUGCCUUUUGUCAGGGAUUCGAUAAACAAGUGGAUGUGUCAUAUAUUGCCAAACAUUACAACAUGAGCAAAAGCAAGGUUGACAACCAGUUCUAUAGUGUGGAAGUGGGGGACUCAACGUUUACGGUUCUCAAACGCUACCAGAAUCUAAAGCCUAUUGGCUCUGGGGCUCAGGGAAUAGUCUGCGCUGCAUAUGAUGCUGUUCUUGACAGAAAUGUGGCCAUUAAGAAGCUCAGCAGACCCUUUCAGAACCAAACGCAUGCCAAGAGAGCCUACCGGGAGCUGGUCCUCAUGAAGUGUGUGAAUCAUAAAAACAUUAUUAGUUUAUUAAAUGUCUUCACACCCCAGAAAACAUUGGAGGAGUUCCAAGAUGUUUACUUAGUGAUGGAACUGAUGGAUGCUAACUUGUGUCAGGUCAUUCAGAUGGAGUUAGACCACGAGCGAAUGUCAUACCUACUAUACCAAAUGUUGUGUGGCAUCAAGCACCUUCACUCUGCUGGGAUUAUCCACAGGGACUUAAAACCAAGUAACAUUGUAGUCAAGUCUGAUUGUACAUUGAAAAUCCUAGACUUUGGGCUGGCCAGAACAGCAGGCACAAGCUUCAUGAUGACUCCCUAUGUGGUAACACGUUAUUACCGGGCCCCCGAGGUCAUUCUGGGAAUGGGCUACAAGGAGAACGUUGACAUGUGGUCAGUAGGGUGCAUCAUGGGAGAAAUGAUAAAAGGUGCAGUGCUGUUUCCUGGCACUGAUCAUAUUGACCAGUGGAAUAAGGUUAUUGAGCAACUAGGAACACCAUGUCCAGAGUUCAUGAAGAAAUUGCAACCCACCGUAAGAAACUAUGUGGAGAAUCGGCCCAAGUAUGCAGGACUCACCUUCCCCAAGCUCUUUCCAGAUUCCCUCUUCCCAGCGGACUCUGAGCACAAUAAACUCAAAGCCAGCCAAGCCAGAGACUUGCUGUCAAAGAUGCUAGUGAUUGACCCAGCGAAAAGGAUAUCAGUGGAUGACGCCUUACAACAUCCAUACAUCAAUGUCUGGUAUGACCCUGCUGAAGUGGAGGCGCCCCCACCUCAGAUAUAUGACAAACAGCUUGAUGAGAGAGAACACACCAUUGAAGAAUGGAAAGAACUUAUCUAUAAGGAAGUAAUGAACUCGGAAGAAAAGACUAAGAAUGGCGUUGUGAAAGGACAGCCUUCUCCUUCAGGUGCAGCCGUGAACAGCAGUGAGAGUCUCCCUCCUUCCUCAUCCGUCAACGACAUCUCCUCCAUGUCCACCGACCAGACCCUGGCAUCUGACACUGACAGCAGCCUGGAAGCCUCGGCAGGACCCCUGGGUUGUUGCAGGUGA